UUGCAAAAAAUGCAAGAGAACACGCGCGCAAUGCUAGACGCGUUAGCCAGGUGAUGCAAAUCCCGCGCGCUGAUGUGGCUCCUGGUUUGAUUGUGCGGCCCUAUGUAUUUGGCGUCGUGUCAUUUGGAUGCUCCUGGCAUUUAUUUUAUGCGUGUGGCAUGCGUAUGGUAUGCUGCGGGCUGGUUAAGCUGAUAGCUCACCGGUAUGCCAUGGCUUUGCUGUGGCAUUCGUUUUGAUCUUGAUCCUCAGCCGUGUGCGAAGUUCGUCACAACUGUGGCGCGCGCCAUGCGUUCUGGGCUUGUCUGGGGGCUCUCUAUGUAAUUUGUAAAGGAUAGCGCUGACUCGCAGUGAUUUACUGGCGCUCUUUCUAACAUAUCACCGAGCGGGGUACUCGCUUACUGUUUCCAUACGUGUUGCCUGCUUGCUUUUUCUAUCUUGCUCGAAGGCCUCUACUUGGAUGGAUGGAAAAUGAGAGCCAUCAACCUGACUGCCGCGCUUUGAUUCUCGAACUUGAUCGAUUUGCUUUUAUUUUACUGAAGUGCGUGGCGCCUUGCGUUCUAAACUCGGAAACUGAUGAGAGUGCGUCUCCCGUUGGCUUUCGAAAGCGAUGCGAGCCACAGUGGGGAAGUCAUAUAGCAAGCUACUCCGCUUCCAUGGCCAUCAUUUUUUUGACAGCUUUCCCCGGUGUUUUGGCAGCUUUCUUCGGUACUUUGGUAGCCUUCGUCGCUGCUUUCGGUUGCUUUGUGUUUUUUUUCAUUGGGUUGCGCACUUUCGCCAUUUUCUUCGUAGGGGCAGGCUUUUCCCCAGCGCUUUGCUCGUGCUAGCGCUUUUCAUCGUCGUGGUAGGUAGCCUCGGGCGAUUCGCUGAUCGCGAAGUUGGUUCGUUCUUGUUCUUUGCUUGCGUGCUUCUGCGUCGAUGUUGGUAUCAGACGAAGAACCCGCCGGGAGUGGAAAUGCGGCGGGGUAUGAAUGUGACGAAUUCCCUUCAAGCUUUUCGGCUGCGUAUGGGCUGGGGUAGCUUCUCACGCAAAGAGUUCGACACUUACCAGCAGCAGCCGCUUGAGCUCGCUGGGAGCUCUGACGAAGAAGGCGCAGAGGG